AUGCAUCGGACGAGGGGGGGAGAGGCAACUGAGAGCUGCUGGAAAUCAAGAGGCGACAAUAGUGGAGGCCGGGGGGACGGGGGAGUGGAGGCCGGGGGGACGGGAGUGGAGGCCGGGGGGACGGGGGAGUGGAGGCCGGGGGGACGGGGGAGUGGAGGCCGGGGGGACGGGGGAGUGGAGGCCGGGGGGACGGGAGUGGAGGACGGGGGGACGGGGGAGUGGAGGCCGGGGGGACGGGAGUGGAGGCCGGGGGGACGGGAGUGGAGGACGGGGGGACGGGGGAGUGGAGGCCGGGGGGACGGGAGUGGAGGACGGGGGGACGGGGGAGUGGAGGCCGGGGGGACGGGAGUGGAGGCCCGGGGAGUGGAGGCCGGGGGGACGGGACUGGAGGCCCGGGGAGUGGAGGCCGGAGGGACGGGAGUGGAGGCCCGGGGAGUGGAGGCCGGGGGGACGGGAGUGGAGGCCGGAGGGACGGGAGUGGAGUCCGGAGAGACGGGAGUGGAGGCCGGGGGGACGGGAGUGGAGGCCGGGGGGACGGGGGAGUGGAGGCCGGGGGGACGGGGGAGGGGAGGCCGGGGGGACGGGAGUGGAGGACGGGGGGACGGGGGAGUGGAGGCCGGGGGGACGGGAGUGGAGGCCCGGGGAGUGGAGGCCGGAGGGACGGGAGUGGAGGCCCGGGGAGUGGAGGCCGGGGGGACGGGAGUGGAGGCCGGAGGGACGGGAGUGGAGUCCGGAGAGACGGGAGUGGAGGCCGGGGGGACGGGAGUGGAGGAGGGGGGGACGAGGGAGUGGAGGCCGAAGGGACGGGAGUGGAGGCCGGGGGGACGAGGGAGUGGAGGCCGGGGGAACGGGAGUGGAGGCCGAUGGGACGGGGGAGUGGAGGACGGGGGGACGGGGGAGUGGAGGCCGGGGGGACGGGAGUGGAGGCCGGGGGGACGGGAGUGGAGGCCGGGGGAACGGGAGUGGAGGACGGGGGGACGGGGGAAUGGAGGGCGCUGGGGCUCAUUUCACAUGUGCGGCCUUUUGCAUGUUGAUAGUUUUGUCUCUCUUGAUACGUCACAUUGCUUUCCACUCUGA